GCUGGCGUCACUCAAGGGGCACUACUGCUCCUACAGUAAAUAUUUGUGUUUUCGCAACGGGUUGUGAUGGUGAACGACUGAGACCGAAAAGAGAGGAAUAAAACCACGAAUAUCGAAGUCUAGACACAAUACUACUAGACGCGAGUAGGAAUAAAGAUUCAGCGCAAAAUGGAGGAGCUCAAACACCAAGUAAUGAUAAACCAGUUCGUCUUGACAGCGGGUUGUGCUGCAGAUCAGGCAAAGCAGCUUUUGCAAGCAGCACAUUGGCAAUUUGAGACUGCCCUCAGUGCCUUUUUUCAAGAAACGAAUAUUCCAUACGGUCACCAUCAUCAAAUGAUGUGCACCCCAGCUAACACACCGGCCACCCCGCCCAACUUCCCUGACGCCCUUGCCAUGUUCUCCCGGCUGAAGGCCUCAGAGAGCUUCACCACCAGCAGCCCCAUGGCCUCCAUGGCCACCUCUCCCCCUCCUCCACACGAUUGCUGGGGCGUGCCACCGCCCCCCAUGCCCAUGAGCGGCCCACAGGGUCAGGGACUAUGGAUUCAGGGGGAGCCCCCCUCCCACCCCGCAGCCUGGCCCACGGGGGUCACCAUUAACCCCCACACCCACCAACACCCGGCCACCGAACAGAAGGCGAGUGUGGCCAUGGAGGCCGAGAGAUGAGGGGCCAGGACUGGACGGCCCUGGGUGGCGGAAGGGAGAGGGAGGGAUUGGUGACGAGGAAAGGAAAGGUGAAGGUGUCUCUUUCCAAUUGAGGAUGGGAGGGUGGAGACAGAGACAGCUACAUAAACCAAGAAAAACCAAGCAACUACAUAAUGUGGACAUUUCAACAAGAGGUGGAGAAAAUGAUUCAAAUAAGGAAUCAAAAGUAAAACAUUUAAUGGAAAAAGCAGUGCACACACUUAGCAAUAAGAGAGCAACUGAAAUCUUUAUUAGUUUGUUUUUCUUCUCUCUCAGUAAAUGUAUAGAUAAGACAAAGAAAUGUAUGGAACUAAAAGUAAUCACCAUCAUGCUGAUGUUUUCUGACACUUAAAAGGCAGCAACUGUUUCUUCUCUUGUUCUUCUUCUUUUCUUUUUGUCUGUCCAUCCAGUGUUUUCCCUCUACUGGGGACCUGUGAUAAGAAGUGUUUGUGCUGCAUGGAGAGAGACAAUCUGUCCAUCCAGUGUUUUCCCUCUACCGGGGACCUGUGAUAAGAAGUGUUUGUGCUGCAUGGAGAGAGAGAAUCUGGCAGUGUAAUGUUUUACUCUAGUAUUCUCAACAUGUGUCUGUGUGCAGUGUAACCGUCACACACACUUACACACUCAACUAGCGAGCAGAAGAAACAGUGACAUAGUUUUCAUUACCCAUCAGAAGGUGGAACUCUUCUUACCUCACCUGGUGGUCACCUGACUUCUUUCAGCCUAUCAGGGAUUCUCAACUGUUUGACAAUGCAGAACAUUUUUUUAAACUGAUUGUAAUUUUUCAGCUCUGGUAUUUUCUCAUGAUGAUGACACUGUUCACUACUAUAGCUUUUCUUUCCAACGAGGGGUGAUGCUUUACUAUUAACCUGUUCUGGAAGAUAGAACUGGCCACUGCAAUGGUUCUGCAGAUUUGGGUAUUAUAUAAAAAUCAUGGUUUGAUAUAUUAAAGUUCAUGUUUUUCUUGGUGGGAGGGAUGGGCGGGGUUUUGGAGGGAUUUGUUUAUGUUGUGUUUGGGAAGAGCCAAUCGGAGAAGCUAAAAAUAAAUCUACAGAAAAAACAGACUACCAUAAAUACAUUGACCAUUUGUAAAGCAGAACUUGCCACUUUGCAUGAUGUAUACUGUCUUGUAGCAAACACUUGAAACCGAGACAUGUUUCUGGCUGUUGGCGCAGGGGAUACUACAUGGUUUAUCCCUCUGAUUUAUAAUUUGUAUAGCAGCAUUAUAUAACUGGUUAUGAUCACAUGUGUACUGUGAUCCUGCCUAUAGCAGAUUAUGUAAAGCAUUGUUUAAGACAAUAUUCACAUGCAGGGUCGGCCCCAUUCAGUUUUGUUGUCCUUGGGUUAUUUCAAUUGAAUAAAGAAUAUAAAAUAAAACCCAGCUAGAAAUCUUUGUUUAUGUAAGUUCUUUUUUUAGGAAGAACAUGUUCAGGAAAAUAUCAUUAUAAUUCUGAGUAAACCAUCUUUAAUUUUACUAAAAUAAUGUUUCAGUUCAUCCCUUUUCCAUCAUUUUUGUUUGAAUCUGGGCAUCUUGGGAUGGCCUGUACCUGAAUGGUUUCUCAGUGUAUGUUUCCCCCUGUGUGACUGUAUUACCAUUCCCACAAUAUUUGUGGACUACCUGAUAAUUAACUUAGCAUUUUUUGUGUUCCUAAAUAAAUAUUGUAUGUCGACCUA